AUGGAUCCCGCAAAGCUGACUGGCCAGGCUCUCCUUAGCCACACCAUCCAGACGACCCCCAUCAUUGACAACCACGCCCAUCCUCUGCUGGAUCUCGAGGCCAUUGGCCGCUACCCUCUUUUGUCAAUCACUACCGAAGCCCAUGGAGACGCAAUUCACGCUUCAUUGACCAGUCUCGCGCAUCUGCGCGCUGUCAAACAGCUGGCCAAGGUGCUCCGUUGCGAGCCUAGCUGGGAGGCGGUGGUCAAUGCCAUUGAAGCUAAGCGCAUCGAGGACUACGAUGCAUGGGUUGAGGAAUGUCUCAAUGGCAUCGAGUCCGUCCUUGUUGACGACGGGUUGGACGGCGAGAACGCUGUCUAUCCUUACACGUACUUUAGCAGUCUCACUCGGAGCCCCGCUAAGAGAAUCGUGCGAAUUGAAAAGAUCGCUGCUGACAUCUUCAACGAGCACCUUCCAGUCGACGAAGGUACAGCUCGUACGGCGGAGGACUCCAACGCCGUCUUCGACAAGGCGCUGAAGGCGUUCGAUAGCAGCAUCUUGGAAGCUAUCGCGGAUCCAGAGGUCGUCGGCUUCAAGUCCGUCAUAUGCUACCGCACCGGCCUCGCAAUUCCGAGAAAGCCAGAUGCUGCUUUCGCCCGCAAGGCCUUCGAGGGCAUUUACGCGACUCACACCAAGGGAACCGACAACGCGUUCACUCGCGUCAACCACCCCGGUCUCAAUGAGUACCUGGUCCACCGGCUUGCAUGCCUCAUCAGAAAUACCGAAGGCUCGGGUAAGAAACCCAUCCAAUUUCACACGGGAUUGGGCGACAACGACAUCACUCUUACUUCGGCCUCUCCUGCACAUCUUCAGGAAUUCAUCCGCCAGUACCCCACGGUGCCGAUUGUCCUGCUCCAUGCCAGCUACCCGUAUACGAGAGAAGCUGGGUACCUGGCGUGUGUUUACGCCAACGUCUACGCAGAUAUCGGCGAAAUCUUCCCUUUUCUCAGUCGCGAUGGCCAGGAAACUGCACUCCGUCAAAUACUAGAGCUGUGCCCCUGGUCCAAGAUCAUCUGGAGCACCGACGGACACUGGUUUCCCGAGACCUACCUGUUGGCCGUCUUGCAAGUCAAAGAGGUGAUGGAGAAGGUCUUGUGCGAGUACGCUCGGAAAGGCCACAUGACUUGGCGAGAGGCGACCCAGCUGGUGAAAGACGUUCUCUUCAACAACUCGAACCACAUCUACCACCUGGGAUUCUCCUUCAGCCCUGAAGAAAGCCACAUGAACCCUCGACGGCUGUCUGGGAGAAGUGAUCUGGACAUCCUCGAGGCAUUUCUGGAUGGCAAGAAGCCACCGCAAUACCUUCGCAUCUACUGGAACGACAUGACCGCUACCCCACGCGUUCGGGCCGUGCCCAUGCGAAAGGUCCUAUCGGUGAUGAACGAGGAUGGAGACUUCUCAAUCAGUAUUACCAAGGCCAGUCUCGGUCUGCUUCAGAACGACAUGGUCGUCGCGGGAGCUUCCGGCACGGGAGAAUACCGGCUGCAUCCAGACUUCACAUCUCUCCAGGAGGGUCCCCGUGGCGGCCACAUUAGCGUGUUUGGAGAUUUCAGAGAGCAGGACGGUUCGGUGGUGCCCUUAUGCCCGAGGUCAUUGCUCCAACGAGUGGUCGAGAAUGCGGCACGUCGAGGUCUCACUUUCCACGUCGGAUUCGAGAUUGAGCUACUCCUCCUUGAGCGGAUUGACGGUCCCGAGAAGUAUCGAACAUUGAGGAACGACGGCCAUGCCUGGUCAACCUCUCGAAUGAUGGACCACCCCGUAUUUGUCAAGGUUAUCGAGCGCGCAGUCGCUGAGCUGGACUCAAAAGGAAUCUACAUCGAGCAAAUCCACCCUGAAAGCGCCGCCGGUCAGUUCGAAGUCGUUCUCCCUCGAGCUCCCCCCUUAGAGGCCGUAGAUACCCUCCUAUACGUCCGAGAGGUCAUAUCAGGCAUUGCUCAGUCAGAGGGCUACAGGAUGUCCCUCCAUCCAAAGCCUUACCCGAAAUCCUGUGGUACCGCGGCUCAUGUGCACAUGUCCAUCACCUCCCCCAACGGCUCAAAGCCUGAGACCUACGGACCCUUCUACGCCGGCAUCCUCAAGCAUCUCCGCGCCAUCGCGGCGCUGACAUACAGCAACCCCGUCAGUUACGAACGUGUCCAGGACGGCUGCUGGGCCGGUGGCCGGUGGGUGACCUGGGGCACUCAGAAUAGAGAAACACCCCUGCGCAAGUGCGAGGACAGCCACUGGGAAGUCAAGUGCCUGGACGGACUCGCGAACCCCUACCUCGCAAUUGCUGCCUUACUGGGUGCUGGCGCGUACGGCGUCAUGAAGGGCGAGAAGCUGACCUGUGGAGACUGCGAGGUCGACCCUGCCUCUCUGACGAAGAAUGAUCGCAAGGAGUUGGGCGUGGAGCAGAUGCUUCCUGCUGGGCUGCCUGAGGCUCUCAAGGAGUUGAAGGGUGACGAGGUCAUGAAUGAGCUCCUUGGUGAAGAGCUCAUUGAGAGGUACGCGACGGUCAAGGAGGAGGAAAUGAAGUUCUUGGAGUCUCUGAGCGUUGAUGAGAGACGCUUGUGGAUACUGGAAAGAUACUAA